AUGCGACUCCCCUCACAGACAGCGCUGCGUAAGCUGCUAGACUCUACAGUUGCAGCAGGAGUGAUUGUCCUCCUUACGGUGUAUGUCCUGUUUGUGGACGAUGUGGUGGUCUUGGCGGGAGCGCCUGACCCGAAUCAGUCUCAGGCUGUCUACGCUCUGUUGGUUCUGAAGAUUGUGGUCUUCUUUGCCUUUGUCGGCGAACUGGUGGCAGAGUGCUACGCUACGCCAGAGUAUGUCUUCUCCUUCUUCUUUUGGUUGGAUCUCGUCACUCUCCUGUCCUUUCUUCCAGACUUUUGCUUGCUCUUUGGCUACAAUCUCCUCUCCGCCAUCGGUGGUCUCGUCGUUGCUCGUGCUGGUCGUGCUGCUCGCAUCGCUUCCCGUCUAGCACGCUUGCUCUCGCUGGUGCGGAUGGAGAAAAUCCUCAAGCUCCCGCCAAAUGCUGCAGACUCGUUGGAUGAGGUGGCUUCGUCGGCGACGGCCGGCGAGGCGCUGGCGCGCGUGAGGACCUCGCGGUUCCCGGGCUCGGAUCUCAACCGGUCGACAACCAACAAGGUGACCGCCAUUGCGGAUCCGGCGUGGAACUCGUUUGCCACGUCUGCAGUCGCAAUGCUCGAUGCCUCGCUCGGUAACUCGACCGCGCCGCAGCGCGACUUUGCGCUCGAUGCCUUUGUCACCUCUUACUCGUCGCCCAACGUCAACGUCAUCGCCAUUGAGGAGGACUCGCGCCUGCUACGCGGCUCACUCGAGCCGCUGGACCAUACCCGCGCCUCUUUUGUGGCGUACGUGUACUCGGCAAACGGCCGACUGCGGGUCGUCUUUGACGUCUCGGCCCGCGAGAAAACCCAGGCCCUGUACAACCUCCUGCUCAUGGUCCUCGUCAUCACGCUGCUCUUUUUCGGCAACUAUGUCAUCUGCCGCGCCUCCAACAAGCUCAUCGCGCUCUCGUCCGAGCUCCUCUACCUCAUGAAGCUCCUGACCCGACAGGCGAGCCAGAGGACCGACGGCGGCAGUGUGCUGGUCGACGGCCGGACCGAGCGGCGGACGCUUGGCCCGGUCUCGGCCCGCCUUCCAUCGACCUUUUCGCGCAUUUCGCGAUCGACCCGGUCGGCAUCGACGUCGUCGGAGGGGAGCGGCUCGUCGCUGUCGCACGAGUGCGGAGGCUUUUGCUCGGCCACAGCCUCGGAGUCGUCGCUCAACCGCGGCGAGACCUCGCCGCUCAUUGGCACGCUGCCGCCGGCGCCUACGGUCGAUCGCCCGCGCAAGCGGCCGACUGCACCGUCGCUCGCGACUGUUGUCACCGCGCUGAAUGAGCAGACCGAGACUGAGCUCGCUCAGCGACGGAGUCUCCGCCGAGAGCUGCACGCUGCGCGGCUUGCCCAGCUCGGCUACGCUGUGCUCUGCGCGCGGCUAGAGCGGGUACAUGCCGCUGAAGAGCGCAGCGAUGUGCUCGCUGGCUCGUUCCGGCAGGUAAGCGAAGCCGACGUGGCAUCGGCGUCGUCGACGUCGCCGGCAUCGCCGCCGCUUGACGGCGCGUCGCUCGCAGGCAUGUUUGUGUACAUGGUCGGCGACGCCGAUGUGGUGGCCGGCCUCUCUGCUCGGCGCGGGUCGCCGCAGCAUACGCGCGCCCUCGAACUUGUCGACGGCUUUAUUGUCAUGUCGCGAUGGUCGGGCGUGGCGCCACUCGACGCGCUCGAGCUCCUGCUGGUAGCGUUUACCGCUCCGCCGCUUUUUUCGCUCUACACUGGCGAGACUCGCAACGCAAGCAUGGCGCCACGGCUGAUGCUGGCGCCGAUCAGCUCGGGCCGGCACCCGCAAGGGUGGGCUCGCGGCGGUCGCCACCAAGCGGCGGCAUUUGCCAUCCUCGAGCGGUGGCUCUCGCUCGGCCUGCCCGAGUUUGGCUCACGGCGGACGCCCGAGGCUGAGCUCCUGGCCGCCUUUGUCAACGCACUUGCAACUCACCGCUCAUGGACGGUGGAUGCCGGGCAUUUAGAGCGGGCGAUGAACCGCCAGCUCGACGGGUGGAUCCAGCGCGAGGUGGCGCCGCCGGUGGUUCUGCCGCCGACGGCGUGCCCGCGGCCAGACGGCUCGCUGUACAACGUCUCGCUCCACUCGGUCCACCCGGUGGAGAUGGCGCGGCAGAUCACGCUCCUCGAGUCUGCGCUUUACCGCCAGAUCGUGCCCGGCGAGCUGCUGCUCGCGGCACGGGCAAGCUGCGAGUCGGUCGCGGCCAACACGCACCACUUUGAAACCUCGGUGCGGCAGUACCAGCACGCGGUGCUCGCCGAAGACGACGCCAUGGCUCGUGCAGCCAUGAUCGAAAACCUCAUCCGCAUCGCCACCGAGCUCCGCCGCAUCCGCAACUACAACGGAGUUAUGGAGGUCACCGCAGCGCUCAACUCAUCGGCGCUCAAGCGGCUCAAGCUGACCUGGAACUACGUCUCGUCCGAGGCCGAGGCCGAUCUUGACCAGCUGCAGGUGCUGAUGGCCAUGACCAACAACUCGGCGGCGUAUCGGAGCGAGCUUGCCGCCGCUGCACGCCGGCCGGACGAGCCAGUCGUCCCGUUUAUCGGCCUUGUCCUCUCGGACCUGACCAUGGUCUCAGCCAACGCCAAGUCCGCCGAGCGCGCCGUCCGCGAGGCCCGCAUCGUCGUGUCGGCGCUCCGGUGGCAAGACGCAAGCUACGCCUUUAUCGAAGUCCCGCGCGUCCAGGAGCUCUUUGCUCAGGUUCUGGACGGCGCUGGAGAGGUCAACGACGACACACUGUGGGAGCGGUCGAUCGCUCUGGAGCCUCAGGGUGGCAAGUCGCGAUCGUGACGGCAAGCCACGUUGCCGGGCAGAUCUGCAGCUGCGAGGUGAAGCAAAAAAACAAACUUCACAAUAACC